UGAGUCUGCUGAACUCAGCCACAGAGUCCCGGGACACGUCAUAUAAACAAGCAACAUGGCUGACCGUCGCGAGUAUUGACAAGACGCGUGCUCCUGUUUACAAACCAGUAGACGGAGAGAUCGGUUUCGUCAAUGAUACACUCACCUCGUUGGUAGUCCCGUGAUUCGCCCUGUCAUGGCGCAAGCGAAGCUGGACGUGCCGGAGAAAUCCGGUGGCGGCAUCAAGGAAAAGGACAAGGACUCCGAAGAAAAGGAAGGUCCCACUGUCGUACCAGAAUGUGCAGUGUGCUUACAGCCUUGCAUUCAUCCAGCGCGAUUACCCUGCAGUCAUAUAUACUGCUAUCUGUGCGUAAAAGGUGUCGCUAAUCAGAGCAAACGAUGCCCGAUGUGUCGUCAAGAGAUCCCGCCGGAUUUUCUAGAGAGACCUCAGCUAGUGGAAGUGGAGGAAUCCCAGAAGGAGUCGGAACAUCCCGAGGAAGAGUACCAAUGGUUUUACGAAGGUCGAAAUGGUUGGUGGCAAUAUGAUCAGCGUACGAGUAUUGAAUUAGAAACGGCAUAUAAACAGGGUAAAAGGACUUGCGAGUUGUUGAUCGCAGGAUUUCUUUACAUCGCCGAUUUCGGUUCGAUGCUUCAACUGCGUAGGAAUGAUCCUUCCAGACGGAGAAGGAUUAAGAGAGAUCUGUAUAAUGUUCCAAGAAAAGGAGUUGCCGGAUUACGACUUAAUGUGCAAGACGAGGAGAUUGUGAGGGAAAUAAGGGGUGCCGAGCGGCCAGCUAGUCCUGCGAGUGAUAGUAUGGGUACAGGAGAUGGCACAAAUACCCCUAUACCGCCUAGUAAUACGCCACAAACGCCCGCAGGUGGGACAGCGAGUGGCGACGCUACGCCUUUAAAUGAUAGAAUAGAUCAGAGGUCAGAUUCUCUGCAUCAAGUCCUAGAACAAAUGCGUUCUCUAGUUUUAAGGGAACACCUGUCCUUAAAUAGCGAUAACGAAUUUGAAGAAGAUACGGAGGACGCGUCGAUUUCGGAUCAUCCCACUCUUUCAUAGCUACAAUCAAAUUCGUAUUUGGUAGAAAUCGUGGUAAUCUUAUUUUGGAAUCUUCAAUUUGUUUCUAGACUCUUUGCGUUGCUAUCCAGCUCAAUAAGAUAGUAUUCUACACAAAUACACAUUACAUCUGCUAGAAGUACAGUGUUAUAAACUUUAUUGAUCUAGAAAAUUACAUUGCUCAACUACAACAUACGGAAAUUGAUAUAUGAUUAAGUAUUUCGAGAUAGGUAGCCAUCUUUAUUCAAUAAGUACUCUUCUUUCCUUGGUCUUAAAAACUGUUUAAUGUAAUAUAAUCAAUAGGAUUAGAAAAGUAUCAAUUAAGUUAUUGAAGAUAAGAGUUUGCGAAAAAGAUUUACAAUUUAUGAUAUAACUACUUGUUGAUGAAUAAUGUACUUAAAAGUUUAACUUUGAGAAUUACUUGUUGUUUAGCAUUAUUAUAAAAUUGCUGACAACAAUUAGUCGUAUAAAAAAUAAGAUACAUAGUUAUAACUAUUCUAAAAUAAAAGUUUCUAUAAUAAAAAUGUGUUCAUGCCUUAGAAAGGCGCAUAGUAAGAGAAUAUAUAAUGAAAAAAAAAACUUAUUAAGUUAUUAAAUAAAGUGCAACGCUAAUCGAUAAUCACUAGUUUUGAAUAAAAUCUGUAAUCUUCGAUGUUUAGAAAUUAUUGAAUUAAUUUUUCUUGUAUUACACAUAGAAAUAAAAGAUGCAUUUUCUUCUCGAGAA